AUGGAUCGCCGGACUUACGAAGGCCCCAUGGACUGGGAGUACCAGGGCAGUGGCGCUCUGGAUCCCACAAGUCCCUUUACACAUGCCGCCAAAGGCGGCUCGCAAAAUGUCUUCACUUCUCCGUCGAAACCCUUGUCGCGACCAAACCCUUUUGCCAACCUAAGUACGCCCAUUAAAUCUCAUCUCCCACCUCCGCAGACAUCCUCCUUCACACCGCAACUACCAUCCAGGGCAUCCGCCCCUGCCUUCCGAAAUCCCGCCUUCACGACACCUCGAAAACCCUUCGACGAGCUAGUGCUGUCCGAGGCAUCCGGCGCCGAAGACAGUCCUGCCCUCACAGAGGUAUCUGACUUCCCAAACGACACCCCGGAAACAGACCGCAUGGGCGAUGUUAUCAUGGGCGGAGCUUUGAGUCCAUCCAAGAUCGACAAGACUCUCCGUUAUGGCAAGAAUGUGCUCCCACCAAAGAAACAUUCUUCUGGGAGAGGAGAUAUCCGUGGAAAUCGAGAGCUUUCGGCGGCAGACCUUCUACGAAAGAGGAAGCGACACAACCUCGAUAAAGACGUCGGCAGCGUGGCCCGGUAUCGAGGCCAAGGAUGGGAUGAUUCAGAUGCCGAUUCGGACAAUAGCAUCGCUCCACCGCUACAGAGCCGAUCUCGCAGCAAGAAGAACAAGGCACCGCCAAAGGGCGUCAUGGCAGCCCUCUUUCACAUGCUGGAUGAGCACCCGAAUGCCCCCGAUAACUUGUUCCGGUGGAUCAAGUUCCUAGUCAACUUCUUCCUCAUCUCCAUCUUUGCGUAUAUCGGUUGGGCCAUUGUGGACACGGUGCGGGGGGACAUUCGCAGUGCCAACGAAGAAGCUCGCCUGGAGUUGAUAGGCAAGAUGGCGAGGUGCCAGAACCAGUACACGGUGAACGAGUGCUCCACGAAGGUCCUGCCAGCAUUGGAGGACAUGUGCAAUGAGUGGUCUGAAUGCAUGAUGCAGAAUCCGGAAUCCAUUAUGCGAGUCAAGGUCACGGCGAAGCAGAUUGCAGAGAUUAUCAAUGAGUUUUCUGAGGCAAUGAACUUGAAGGCCUGGGGAUUCUUCUUUGCCAUUCUUGUCCUUUGCGCCUUUACGAACAACCUCACGCUGGGCAGACUUGGUAGUGACAAGGCUGUCCCAGCUCCCCCUUCGCAGUCAGCUGCUAUCCAUGACCCGACGAUGCCUCCCGAGAGCGGCCCUGGGUUCAUGUGGGUUCCAGUCCAAACUCCGAGAGUCAACCGACACGCGAUGCUAGACGAUGGAACGGACACGGAUAGCUCGCCGCCGAAGAUGAAACCGCUGCUCGCCGCGCCGUACACGCCAUCGGGACGUCGAAGCCCGAGUAAGAGGGAGCGGUCACUCAGUCCAAUCAAGUAUGGGCGAAGUCCGAGCAAGGGAAGCUAG